GAUUGUGCAAUAAUAUACAGAUGGAAUCAUUUUUCAAGGUUAGGUAAUUCAAACCUGCGCAAAACCUCUUUCUUGACAUACCAUCUAACGGUGGGAAUAUCAAAUUUGCCAUCAAUGAUGAACCGAACUCUUUUGCGGUCGACCGGUCUUAAAAAAAUACAUAGCCUUUAUCCAUAACGUAUCAGAUUUUUUUUCCUCUUUUUUCUUCUUUUUGUUAAGUUUGAAAGGAAGUUGUAAAUGAGAAAACGGAGGCUCGCAACUUUGGGAUAAGCAAUCAACAGGGAAUGUCUGGGGAACAUCAGAACAGGCUGCUGCUGCUGGCACUCCCACUCGUCAAGAAGAGGCUUUUCUUGGUAAAAUUCGAUUGAUAAGGAUUUGAAAGCUCGUCACUUGGUGAAUCUAUAACGAUUCUUUCACUGACGCCGAAAAUCAAUUUUCAACAAGAUGAAAAAGAAAAAAAAAAAUUCUCGUGAUGCUCCGUCAAGAAGCGGGAGAAAAAAAAAAUUAAAAAAUAGUUCAAAGUAAAGUUUUCAGAAGAGGAAGCUAUAGUCAAAGAGAAAUGAUAAGAGAGAGAACUUGAGCGCUCGUGAUCACUCUGCCUUCAGCUGCCUCUGCUCGAGCGCGGGUCUAGUUAUAGAUCCUUGGCAGUCUUGUGGGAAAGCAAGCGUGAGACAGAAUGUUGGAAUCAACGGGAGAAUUGGAUCAUACUGCGGUCAUGGAAAGUGCCAAUGUUGUUUUACCCGGUACUAGUGGACGAAAAGGCUUAUUCAUUAGGAGACGUGUGAUCGUGCUUCACCUGCUGAUUGUAUCCGCUGCUCUCAUUGCUGUGGCACUCGCUGUGCACUAUUUCGGGGUCAAGUGUCACCAUUACGACAACGAAACUUCGGUGGUGCUGGAGCCAUCUACAGAAAAUCCUCCUUCUCUAAAAGCCAAUCCCGUGGUGGUGGUGGAUGUCCGUCUUCCGAAAAAUCUGCGGCCGCUACACUACGACAUCCGCCUGCUACCUUGGAUGGACGAGAGUAAUUUUACUAUCAACGGGUUCAUUCACAUUUUGAUCGAGUGCGUUGAAAACACCAACAAGAUCGUCCUACACAGCACUGACAUUGAGAUAGACCGCGUGUCUGUCAAAAUCGUCAAUAACGCUGAAAUCAUAGAGAUCGAUGAGUUCGAGGAAAAUAUUGAGCGGCAGUUUUUCAUCAUUCAUUUAAAAUCGAUUCAUUUACUUGAAGAAGGAAAUCGCUACAAUAUUUCGAUGAAUUUCACGAGCAUAUUGAACGAACACCAACACGGAUUCUAUCGCGCUUCCUAUACAGAAUACGGCCAGAAAAAGUACAUUGCCAUGACUCAAAUGGAGCCGGUAGAUGCACGCAGAGUUUUUCCUUGUUUUGACGAACCAAGUUUCAAGGCGGAAUUCAGCAUCACUUUAGGCCGAAAACGGGACAUGAUUUCCUUGUCAAACAUGCCAAAAAUAAAAACGACUCCCAUUGAAGGAGUAUCAGAUUAUGAAUGGGAUUAUUUUGAGAGAUCUGUACCCAUGUCAAGUUACUUGGUUGCAAUGAUUAUCGCUGAUUACUCUUAUGUUGAAUCCAACGCAAGUCACAACAAUAUUACUUUCCGUGUUUGGGCUAGACAUUCUGCCAUAAAUCAAACAAAGUAUGGUCUGGAGAUGGGCCCCAAAAUGUUGCAGUUUUUUCAAGAAUACUUUGGCAUCGACUACCCACUGCCUAAACAAGAUAUGAUUGCUCUGCCAAGUUUCCAUGGAGCGAUGGAAAACUGGGGGUUAAUCACAUAUGGAGAACAGCAAUUGCUGUACGAUCCCGACAUGUCGUCAGAUUCACAUCGUGAAAUUAUAGCCCAAGUGAUUGCUCACGAGCAAGCGCACCAAUGGUUCGGCAACUUAGUAACCAUGCAGUGGUGGAACGAUUUAUGGUUGAAUGAGGGAUUUGCAUCUUACAUGUCUUACAUCGGAGCUAAUCACUUCGAACCAAACUAUCGGCUGUGUCAACAGUUCGUCAUUAAUGAGAUUCAGUCUGUCAUGGGCGUUGAUGGAUUAAUCACAUCACACCCAAUCAAUCAGCCCGUUCAUCAUCCGGACGAAAUAAAUAAAAUUUUUGACAGGAUUUCGUAUAAUAAAGGCGCAUCAAUAGUGCGAAUGUUGGCCGAGUUUUUGGGCCAUGGAACUUUCCAGCGUGGUCUCUCAUAUUAUUUGAAAUCUCGAAUGUAUGGUAAUGCUGUGCAAGACGAUUUAUGGGCGGCGCUAACCUAUCAAGCUGAAUUAGAUUCGGUUCAAUUGCCAACAGAUAUAAAAACAAUCAUGGAUUCUUGGACCCUCAAAAUGGGUUAUCCCGUUGUCAACGUAAUAAGGAAUUACACGUCUUCGGUUAUUACAGCUCAACAGGAACGCUUUCUAAUGAAUUCACGACAAGAGUUAAACUCAACAUACCGGUGGUGGAUCCCUUUGUCUUACUCAUCAAAAGCCCACCCUGAUAUUGUCCAAUGUGGAUGGAUUCCGGAACACUCGGAUCAAGUAAACAUUUCACUUGAGGCAACCAAAAUUCAGUGGGUCAUCUUCAAUAUCGAUCAAGUUGGUUAUUAUCGUGUUAAUUAUGACCAACACAAUUGGCAUCUGAUUAUUCAGCAACUGACGGAAGAUCCGCGUGAGAUUUCUGUGAUUAACCGGGCCCAGUUGAUUGACGAUGCCUUUAAUCUGGCUAGAACAGGUCUUCUAGAUUAUUCCAUUACUUUAAAUUUAACACACUACCUGCAGAGAGAGGUUGAGUACAUUCCGUGGAGGUCAGCCGCUUCCGGAAUCAAAUUUCUCGACUCAAUGUUGUGCCGCACGAAAAUCUACGGAAUCUUUCAAGAUUAUGUCAUCCGAAUGGUCGAUGGAUUCUUCCAUCACGUUGGUGAGUCGCAUGAUGACCAGAGAACUCUUCGUGACAAUCCGAUUCGUGCCAACACGCAAACCAUCGCUUGGCGAUUAGCUUGCCAUUUCCAGCAUUGUGGCUGCAUACAGAGAGCAACGAAGCUCUACUCCAAUUGGAUGGAUCACCCCGACCAGCAUAUCAUCCCAACUCAUUUGAAAUCUAUCGUGAGCUGUACGGCUGUGGAACAUGGUGGUAAAAAGGAAUGGGAGUUUGCGUAUUCCAAAUUCAACACUUCAAACUCCGCUACCGAAAAAGACGACAUGCUAGAGGCAAUGAGUUGCACUAAUCAAGCUUGGAUUUUGAAAAGAAUGAUUGACUGGGUCAUACAAGGGCCAUUAACCAAAAUGGACUCUAUCCAUAUGUUAAUCUAUUUGGUUCGUAAUCCACUUGGCCGUUAUCUUGCAUUUGAUUUUUUCAAAAUUCAUUGGGAUAAAAUUCUCAAUUUAAGCCUUCGUUCAGGAAUGCCCACUUUUGAAGCUUUAUUCGGCAUCGCAAUCGAAUCGUUUAACACUCAGGCUGAGCUCGAUCAAAUGAAAGAUUUUCUUGAUGGGAAGUUACAAGGACACACUGGACCCAUUUUACGCACUUUUGACCAACUGAUAGAACGAACUGAAGCAAACAUUUUUUGGAUGGAUCGUUACAAAGAAAAUAUUGUUCUGUGGUUAUCUCAAACGGCUGAAGACCUUUCUAAUUUCAUUCCCAAGUCAAGUCGACUGCCGUAGUGUUUUUGGAAAUUAUUUGAUCCUCAUUAGUAAAAAAAAGAACUGCUAAAUAUUUAGUUGAUAAAAUUAUCCAUACCAUUAUAUUUUUUAUAUUAUCUUUCUUAUUAGUAAAAAUAAACCGAAAACACAGAAAAGGUGUAUAAAUAAUUUGAAAUAAUUAGUUUUUUCUCCGACUUAAUCUCUAGAUGGCACUGUCAGUCUGAGACUGUUCAGACUUGAGAGACUGUUGUUGCUUUUAUUCUUUGGCGGUUGUUUUUCUCCGAAAGCACUUGUAUUGCGAACCCACCAACAUGCAGAUCGAGACAAGGAGAACAGUUUCGUUAUAUAACCUGAAACGAAGGGUUCUUGAAAAGUUGUCAACAAGGAGAAAGCUGAAAAUAGGAAGUAGCACCAUUAUGUUUCUUAUUUUGAGUUAUUACGCCUACCUGAAAAAAUAUGGGAAGAUGGCUAAACUUAAAUCAUUGAUGGAAAAUAAGCGGGCUAUUAUGAAAGAACACAUUGCAGGAGCUCACCAGACCAUGUUAGAAAAAAUCAGAGUGAAGAGGAGACAAAAAACAUUGGAUGAAAUGUUAAAGAGAAGAUAAGAUAUCAGCUACCAAAAAGUGGCACCUAAGUUUUUAUUAUUUCUUUGCAAAUUUUCCUAAUUCUUAACUUCUUUAAUAAAAGGCAUCAAAAAUUCUUUCAAA